GCGAUUGGUCGGCAUGGGCGGGGCGGCCCGGUGCGCCGGUUCCUGGGUCCCAUCCGCGAUGGCGUCCAGAGGCUGGCGCUGGGUGCGCGGCCUAUGGGCCGCGGGGCAGCCCCUGUUCCAAGGCCGUGCGCUGCUCGUGACGAAUACGCUGGGCUGCGGCGCUCUCAUGGCAGCCGGAGAUGGCGUGCGCCAGUCCUGGGAGAUCCGCGCCCGGACGGGCCAGAAGUUCGACCCGCGGCGCUCAGUGAGCAUGUUUGCAGUGGGCUGCAGCAUGGGCCCCUUCCUGCACUACUGGUACCUCUGGCUGGACCACCUGCUCCCUGCAUCCGGCUUCCGUGGCCUCCCAAACGUCCUCAGGAAGGUUCUCAUCGACCAACUGGUGGCCUCUCCCACGCUGGGUGUCUGGUACUUCUUGGGCAUUGGCUGCCUGGAGGGCCAAACCCUAGGUGAGAGCUGCCAGGAGCUGCGAGAUAAGUUCUGGGAAUUCUACAAGGCUGACUGGUGCGUGUGGCCUGCUGCGCAGCUGGUGAAUUUCCUCUUCGUGCCCCCCCAGUUCCGAGUCACCUACAUCAACGGCCUGACACUGGGCUGGGACACGUACCUCUCCUAUCUGAAAUACCGGAUCCCAGGCUCCCAGACACAUCCAGGCUGCAUGGCCCUGGGUACCACGCAGACUGAGCUGCCUCAUGCUCCAGCAGGAUGCCGGACAGGGCAAGACUGAUCCUCAACUGACCAGCUGCCUUGGGCUGGAAGGGGAACAUGUUCCUGGGCCAAGUUCUAGCUCCACCCUGAUACCUGGGCAUCUGGUUGGGCUGCCCCCUCCAAGCCCACUGCCAGGCUUCACUUUGGGGAAACGAACAAACAAUGAAGAUGGACAAUCAUCCCUCAGCCCUUCUAGGGGAGCCUUAGUGACUGGCAACAGAUGUUCCAUCCUCAGCCCUGGACCCCAGCCAGCCAGCCAAUCCCAAGCCCUUAACACUACUGUGGGCUGGGCUCUGGGACCAAGGUGGAGACAUCGCCCAUCCCCUAGGUGCACAGCCAGUAGUUGGCCCCCAAAAUCUGGAGCCUCAGAUAGGGCUGGGCAACCUCCUGUCCCAUCCUCUGGUCAUGGGCUGUGGAGAUUCCAUUAAAUUCUCUCUGAAAU